GUGGAAGAGUCCGCGGGCGGCUGGAGGGCUGCGCUCGGAGUCAGGGCCGAGGCGCCCCGGAGCGCAGGGGACCGCGGGGAACAUGACCGUGACGGCUAAUUAGGACAAGUCGGAGCAGGGAACGGGGACGCCGGGAGGGGAGCGCGCUCAGUUGGAGGUGCUGGGGCGGUCGCGGGAAAUCCAGGCGCAGGCAAGUCGGGCCCGGGGCGCCGUUUGCUCACGAUCCGGAGCGGAUCCCGGCCGGGCCCACCGCGGCAGGCGCGCUCGCAGCGCCCCCCCCCCCGCCCCGCCCCGCACCAUGCACGUUUGGUGACCCAGGUGCCGGGGGCAAGGCCGCUCGUGGAGGAGGCGGACUGUCGGUGUGUGGUGUGUCCACGUGUGCACGCUCGGGGAGGGGAGGGGGCGCAGAAGGCGUGACAAGGACGCACUCUGUGCUGAGUGUGCGCCUCGCUUCAGCCGGGAGCAGCGACCUGUGCCCGGCGUGUGUGCCCCACGGGGGAGCCGGGGCGGAGGUGACCGAGGCUAGCUGAGACGCGCCGCGGUGGGCCCCACGCGUGUCCGCGUGUGAGCGCUGGGACAUGCGGGGCGAGGGAGCGCGCUGGGCUGCACCCCAAACCGCUUUCCGGAGGGAAAGGCGAAUCCUGAAAGUGAGUGCGCGUGAGUGCGCGUGAGUGCGCGCGCCCGUGUGCGGGGGCGUGGCGGUCAACAGCAACAACACUCGGGCCAGCUCCGCCAGAAACUCCGAGCUCCCUCCCCGGCCGGGAAGUGCGCCUCGCCGGAGCCUGGAGGGACCCAGCUGGAGCCUGGCCUGGGAGCCAGGAUGGCCAUCCCCAAAGCCUUGCUGACAUGCCUGGGGCUGCCUCUCUUCCUAUUCUCAGGGGCCCAGGCCCAGAACCAUGUGCCACCUGGCUGCAGCCCGGACCUCAACCCCCUCUACUACAACCUGUGUGACCGUUCUGGGGCUUGGGGCAUCAUCUUGGAGGCAGUGGCCGGGGCGGGAGUUGUCACCACUUUCGUCCUCACCAUCAUCCUUGUGGCCAGCCUCCCCUUUGUGCAGGACACCAAAAAGCGGAGCGUCCUGGGGACCCAGGUGUUCUUCCUGCUGGGGACCCUGGGCCUCUUCUGCCUCGUGUUCGCCUGCGUGGUGAAGCCCAACUUCUCCACCUGUGCCUCCCGGCGGUUCCUCUUCGGAGUCCUGUUCGCCAUCUGCUUCUCCUGCCUGGUGGCGCAUGUCUUUGCCCUCAACUUCCUGGCCCGGAAGAACCACGGGCCCCGGGGCUGGGUGAUCUUCACCGUGGCUCUGCUGCUCACCCUUGUGGAGGUGAUCAUCAACACCGAGUGGCUGAUCAUUACGCUGGUCCGGGGCGGUGGCGAGGGUGACCCUCUGGGCAAUGGCAGUGCCACCUGGGUCACAGCCUCCCCCUGCGCCAUCGCCAACAUGGACUUUGUCAUGGCACUCAUCUACGUCAUGCUGCUGCUGCUGUGCGCCUUCACGGGGGCCUGGCCUGUCGUGUGUGGCCGCUUCAAGCGCUGGCGGAAGCACGGGGCCUUCGUGCUGCUCACCACGGCCACCUCCAUUGCCAUAUGGGUGGUGUGGAUUGUCAUGUACACGUACGGCAACAAGCAGCGCAACAGCCCCACCUGGGAUGACCCCACGCUGGCCAUCGCCCUCGCCGCCAACGCCUGGGCCUUCGUGCUCUUCUAUGUCAUCCCUGAGGUCUCCCAGGUGACCAAGGCCAGCCCAGAGCAAAGCUACCAGGGGGACAUGUACCCCACCCGGGGCGUAGGCUACGAGACCAUCCUGAAAGAGCAGAAGGGCCAGAGCAUGUUUGUGGAGAACAAGGCAUUUUCCAUGGAUGAGCCAGCCUCAGCUAAGAGACCGGUGUCACCAUACAGUGGGUACAACGGGCAGCUGCUGACCAGCGUGUACCAGCCCACCGAGAUGGCCCUGAUGCACAAAGGCCCGUCCGAAGGAGCUUACGACGUCAUCCUCCCACGAGCCACCGCCAACAGCCAGGUGAUGGGCAGUGCCAACUCCACCCUGAGGGCCGAAGACAUGUAUGCGGCCCAGAGCCACCAGGCAGCCACGCCACCGCCACCGAGAGACGGCAAGAGCUCCCAGGCUCAGUCCCCGCAAAGUAAAACAAGAUGGUAGAAGCCCUCUUCUGGCAUCCCAAGGUCCGGGCUGGGCAGGGCCCAGCACCUUUCCCGUCCUUGUCAUUGGAGCUGGGAGGGACCGGAGGCCACCAACCUGAAGCUGAGGACUGAGCGGGGGGGCCUGAGAUGCCCGGAGGUGUGGGGCUGGGGCCCUAGGCCAUUCCCUUUGCUGCCCCUCCCGGCCUCUCCUGAACCCUCAGUGACAAGGCCAUGAGGAUCUACAGAACUGGCCGGCCCGCCUCCGUCCCCCUCGGCGCCCUGCCCCCAGUCAGCCCAUGCGUCCCCAUGCUGUGGUUCUCCAGAUGGCCAACCUCAGAUGCCCCGUCUUCCCACCAUGGGCCUUCCUGGCUGUCCUGCUGUCCAGCAUCAGCUUGUCCCGCCUGCACCUGGGUGUUUGGAGCCAAGCCCUGGCGGAAGUGGGCUUUCUCAUCAGGGCCUCCUGCCACCACCUGGACCGAGGAAGGCCCCCGGGCUGGGACAGCUCAGCCCGAGGCCUAGGCAGACACUGCUUCUCUUCGUGGCCCGUGGGUGCUGGAUCUGAGCCCCUUUGGUGCUUCCCUCACGUGCCCCCGCACGCCAUGGCCCCAUGCCUUCCCCACCUGCAACGAACUGGGGCCCAUCGAGACACAAGGUGGGGCUUGGGGCUGCAUUCUCAGGGGCCAGCUGAGAGUCCUGGAUCACACCGGCUGGGGGCUCAGCUGCUCACAGAACUGCGACUCGUGCCAUUGCCUGCCGGGCAGGUGCACAGAUUUCUGCCUCACCUCGGGCACCCCAAGCGUGCUGGCACUGUUCUCUCCCACGACAUGCUCCAAAGGGUCCUGACAGCCACCCGGGGAAGUGGAGGUCAUCCUUAGGACCCGAUGAUGGUGGCACUAAGGACAGAGAUGUGCCCAGCUUCGGACUAACAGGAAUGAGAUCUCUAUAGCAUCGUUGUCUCCCGGUUUUGUCUUGCACCUGGGGGCCAGACAGAGCUGGCUGGUCCAAAGGGGCCUCCCCAGGCAUGCCCCUGGAGCUCCGUGCUCAGCACAGAGUCCCCUCUGGAUGCCCAGGGUGGGAGAGAGAACAAGACCGGCCUGACCCUGCCCUCCGUCGACCCGCAGCUCUCCAGUGCCACCCUCCUGCCCCCAGCAGCCUGUGCCUUUGUUACUGGAGUAUCUUUCCAGAGCUAAAUUGGGCUAACACGCCCUACAGAGUGUAGGGCCACACAGCUGCCUGUGACAGCCCCCCUAAACGCCCCCCAUCACCACUAUUGCCCGAUCACAGCUCCAUGAACGGAGUAUUACUUCCCUCUGAUGGAGGGGAAGAGGGAGCUCUGUGCACCUCAGACAUUUCUUGAUCUAGGUUAGUGGCCCCAAGGUCCCUUACAGUGAAUAAUAAAGGCACUGUCUUGCUUUUUUCGAA